AUGCCUAAAUCAUCCUCUACAAUCUUACAAAAACAAGGUUAUGCUCCAACUUCAAAUCCUUCAUCCUCUUCUUCUUCUUCUUCUUCAAAUAAAACAAAGGCUUCCGCUCCACCUUCCCCUUCUCCUUCUCCAUCCUUAUCCCCAGCAUCAAGCCCACUUCCAUGUACUCCAACCACUGCUACUGUUACUACUGUUAUUACUGCUACUACUACUAAUCCCCACCAAACUAUUCCCAAAAUCCAUUUCAAAGCUAUAUCAGCAACUCAACCAUCACAAGUCACAGCUACUUCAAAUGUAUUUUCUUCUUCUUCUUCUUCUUCUUCUUCUUCUUCUUCUUCUUCUUCUUCUUCUGUUGUGCCGGUUUCAACAGCCACUAAACUCAGCUCCAACACAGCCACUACUAUUACCCCCACUGCCUCAAGUCCUCACAACUCAGUGGUAACCUCCUCCACCAACACCUCCACUCAGCCAAGACCUCUCAAGAGGUCUCGUAGCUCGGCAAAAACUGAUAUCCACGCCCCGGACUACGGCUAUGAAAUCGUCUACCGCAUCCACGAGGUCCCGACCUCCACCCAAAUCCCUCCCGAUCAAGUCCCCCUUGUUCCGAAUACCUCCCGUGACAUCCGCAUGCGCAAAUAUGCAACCGCAGUCGACUCACGUAAUUUCCUUACAGUCUAUGAAUACUCGUUAAAUAACCAGUGGAUCAUUUGGGAUUAUUACACAGGAUAUGUUCAUUUGACUGGACUCUGGAAAGCUCUCGGGCAUUCUAAAGCUGACAUUGUCAAACUUUUGGAAACUUCUCCGGAUCUGGAGCCAGUUAUUCGACGCGUCCGUGGAGGAUUUCUUAAAAUCCAAGGUACUUGGGUCCCCUUUGAAAUUGCACGUACUUUAGCUGCAAGAACAUGCUUCCAUAUCCGAUACGCUUUAGUCCCUCUAUUUGGCCAGGAUUUCCCCGAUGCUUGUUUAAAACCUCAUGAACCAGGCUUUGGCCAGUUACAAAUGCGCCUGGCUGAUCCAGCUUCUCGCAAACGUCGCAGAGUUAAAAAGAAGGAAGAUAAUUUGUCUGCUAAAUCCUCCUCCUCUUCUUCUUCUUCUUUGGCUACAACCCAAAACCCCGUUACAACAAGUAGGCUGGCUACUACUGUUACUACUAAUACAACAGCUGUUCAAUAUUUACCGUCGCCACCGCACGGCGUAAGUGUUUCCUCGAACAGGCCCGACGAAUACGACCAAAAGGUAAUGGGAUAUGCCGGAAGUGCCGAUACAAACAACAUCAAUAACAAUAUCAACAAUAUCGACAAUAUCGACAAUAUCAACAAUACCAAUAAUACCAAUAAUACCAAUAAUAUAAAUGGAUUUACCGGGUCUAGCCAAGAUGAAACUACGAAAAAAUCUGGUGGCAAUAGCAACAGCGGGGUCAUCACGCGGCCUCUUGGAAUGACCAACACUACCAAUGCUCGGCAACUUGCAACAAUAACAGAUUCUGCGCGACUCCUCCACAACGGCAACAGCAACAGCAACAGCAACAGCAACAGCAACAACAACAACAACAACAAUAAUAAUAAUAAUAAUAACCACUUUGGCGAGGCUCAAGGCAAUAAGAAUAUUAAAAAGUACUCGCCACCAUCAUCACCGUCACAUGGCCCAUCAAGAUCGACAGACUCGGCAACAACAAGUACUACAACUACUACAAGAAAAACAGCAGUAGCAACACCAACAACAACAAGUACUACAAAAAGUUUGGCUGGGCAUGAUCAAAGUUCCACUAAAGUUCGAGACCCUCGGGCCCUUGCGCCGCUUUUCCCGGGGACGGCCGAGGGCGGUUGUUAUGGUGGGUUGUUAUAUGCUGGUGAUGAAAAGGGAAAUGUAAGCUGCAGUGGUGGUGGUGGUGAUGACGUCACAAGUGGUGGUGGGCUCAGGGGGGGGUCAGAAAAACGUUUGCCUCACGAGGUCUCUUAUGCUCAGACUUUUCAGCAACAGCAACAGCAACAGCAAAAUAAAUAUGAAAAGAAGGAAUUUCAACACGUCAGAUCAGAAUCUUUUGGUGGCGUUGUCGGUGGCAAUAAUCUUAACAAAAGUAACAACAAGUACUCGGGUCGGACAAAAGAGUCUAUCCGUUCAUCUACAGUUCCUCCACCACCGUUGGAAAAAGAUUUUGGCCGGAACGCUGGUGGAAAAGAUUCCGCCGGAACUUACAACAGCCCACUAGUACAGCCUCAUUGGACGGCUGGAAGCGCAGGAGAAGUGGAUUCUUGGUUAACUCCGCACUUACAGAAUCAACAAUAUCAUCAGCAAUAUCAGCAACAUCAACAAUAUCAACAACAGCUUGACUUUAGAGCAUCAGCAUCAGAAGCUGGUUUGACACAAUCUGAAGUAGGAAGAACAGCUACAACUAAUGUCGGAAAAAAUGUUUCUUCUUCUUUUGGUUUUAAUAAUAAAUCGUCAUCCUCUUUGUCACCAUCGUUGCCGCCGUCGUCGAAAUGCUCGCUCACCCGCCUGUCGCCUCCAUCGUUUGAGCCCCACCAACACCCAUACCAAAACCAAAACCAAAACCAAAACCAAAACCAAAACCCCCUAACAAAUAACGACACGCUAACGCCGACGCAUCUCUACGGCGCCAUCACCCACCAUGCCUACCCCCACUUAACUGCCGCCGUCACCACAGCCGCCGCAGCCGCUACUAAUACUGCUGUUAAUAAAAAGCCCACGCAAUCACAAACCAUUGGCAGCUCCUUCAUUUCUCUUGGAGGCUUGGCACAAUCGGAUCCACGGGUAUUUCCCACUUCCUGCAACCCGUCGCUUUCUCCACCGUCGCCCCACAAAAAUGGCUCUCAACUGAUGUUUUCCCAGGGUCAAGGGUUCUGCUCUACGCUACCACCACUCCACAACCAUAACCAAACACAGACACUAACACAGACACAGACACAAACACAAAUGUUUCGAUCCGAUUCACUCCGACCCGAAGACUACCAUUUGACCCAAACUCACCACCAAAAACUACAAGAACCAAUCACUCCACCACCACCAUUACCUGCUAAAUUGGCUCUGGGCGGCCCACGCGAAGAAAAACUUCUUGCUACAUCUCCAUCAGAACUUGUCCAGGUCCUUCAGGCUACCCGCUCACUCCAGCAAAUGUCUGCAGGCGUGGCUGCUCGCAGAUGGUCAGUCAGCAGUAGUGCUAAACUCCUUGGAGGACAAUUCGAGUGUGGAGGACGCCGGUUUGCUUGGGAUGGAUGUGACAAAUUGUUGGUUAAGGAUGAAGUGGCAGUAGAAGAGGAAGAAUGCGAGCAGCAAAAACAGCAGCAGCAGCAGCAGCUAAAGAAACAGGUGAUUGAAAAACAAAAGGAUACUCAGCGUGGGGCAAUGGACAUUAAUCGUCUUUUAUCAUGA